AGCUGUACACGCAUCUAGCGUUUAGUUUCAGGAUCCGAGCGCAGACACAGAGGUUCACAAUUUGGAUUUUGACAGUCUUGGAGAAUUCAAUGCUGAAGGCUUAAGUAUUGGUGUAGUUGAAAUGCGGGCCUGACACCUCCACAUUUAUUACUCUUCAGCAAAUUCGUCCUCCUCCCUUCCGGAUGACCGGUGCAGUGAUGGACAGCAUUGUGAUUCUCGAUGAUGAUGAUGAUGAUGAAGCAGCUUCCUCAUCUACAUCUGCAUCUUGUUCUAAAGCAAUGACCUUCCAGUCAAGAACGACUCUGAAGAAACAACAGCCACAGCCAACACACAUCACACAAUCUCCGUUUGCCACUGCAAAGAAAGACGCCCAUGUCCUACAAGCGGAGAAUGAGAAAUUGUUUGCAGAGUUUGUUGAACAUUGCUCCAAACACUCGCAAGACCAUCCAGAGGUCGUGACCUAUCUUCAGUCCAGAUACUCCAAGGCUCUGCCGACCUUUUUGUCAUCGGUGGAGUUUCGUAACACUCUAGGCCGGUGCCUCACGCGAGCUCAGGCAAACGUAGGCAAAACCUUCGUCUACAUCAACGAACUCUGCACAGUUCUUAAACAGCACACAGCUAGGAAGAGAAGCUCCAUACAGUCCCUGCCUUCCAAAGGAAAAACUGAGGACAAAAGCAAUGGAAGUGGUAUAAAGGAGGAAGAACAGGUUAAAAAAGAGGAGGAAACACAAGAAGAGGCAGCAGAAACGCAGAAAACUAAAAGGGCUUCCAGGAGACAGAUAGCAUACUUGGAAAACCUGUUGAAGGUGUAUAAUGAGGAGAUCAAACGGCUUCAAGAGAGAGAGUUGAGUGUUGAAGAUCUUGAGAAAGAAGAUUCCAGUUAUAUUCAAGAACACAAACUCAAACGCAAAAUGAUGAAGAUCUAUGAUAAACUGUGUGAGCUGAAGGGCUGCAACACGCUGACAGGUCGAGUAAUCGAGCAGAAGAUCACCUACACUGGAACACGCUACCCAGAGAUCAACAAAAAGAUCGAGCGUUACAUUAACAGUCAAGAAGUUCUUCAUAAUCCUCCGGACUACUCUGAUAUCCUGAAGGUGGUGCAGCGUGCCAACGACCGCUAUAAUAUCCUGCUCUCCCGUAAACAGUUAACACAAAUCGCUCAAGAAGCCUUCCGAGAGACGGGCAACAAACUGCAGGAGAGACGCCACCUUGACAUGGUCUACAACUUUGGCUCCCAUCUCACAGAUUUCUACAAACCUACAUUAGACCCUGCCCUCACUGACCCAGCACUGCAUCGCAAACUUCGCUCCAAUAGAGACGUGGCAAUUAGCAGCCUGGAGAACAUCAUCAACAAAUUCGCCAUUAAACAAGAAGACAUAGAGGUAGAGGAAAUGAGGAAAAAACAAGAGAGAGACAGACAGAAAAAAGAGCAUCCUUCACAUUUCCAGGCACUUAAUGGACAGCAGAUUGACAGCAAAGAAAAAGAGACUGAGAAAAAUAAAGAGGAGCAGGAGGAAGAUGAAGAGGAGGAGGAGGAGGAGGAAGAUGACGAGGAAGACGAUUCCUCCGAUCCUGACAUUGAAGAGGAGAUCCAAGCUAGCCAAGCACAAGUUGGGCCUGAUGAUGAUGAAGAGGAUAUUGAAGAGGAGCAAAUGAACAUCAGUGAUAAUGAACAGCAAAUCAAUGAUAAUUCCCCUUCAUCAAUCAAAUCAUCUCUCCAGGACACUGAGGACGAUCAGGGUGAGGGUGAUGACCAACAGUCUCCAGCCAGCAGCACACAUGAAGCAGAAUCUGUGGAAACAACCACAGAUGGCAGAAGUGCUAAAGAAAGCCCCCAGUCCCCAGCAGGCAUCAGUCAUUCAGAGGUAGUGGACUCUUUACCUAUCAAAAAAACAGAACCUGUUUCCUAUAAUCACUGUUCACCAAAAAGCACCAGUAACUGCACUGAGACCGUUUCCACCAAUCAGGACUCUACUACCCUCAUGAGAUCAGCCAAUUGCAGUCCUCUGCCUCCAAGCCCUGUGCUUAUAGACGAGAUGGGCCAAUAUAAGAAGAGGAAACGUACCUCGCAUGAAAAACAAAGUACAAUCUACAAUGGGAAUGGCAAACAGGACAGUGGCGGUGAUUGUGAUAUUCUUCUGGAUAUGGGUGUGAGCUGCAGCCCUGAGCAGGUGGAUUUAACCAGAGUGAGGACACCUCCGCCUAAGAAAAAUAAGGUGAAUGUGGCAACUCAGUGCGACCCAGAGGAAGUGAUUGUUUUGUCUGAUUCAGAUUGAGCUCUGCCAUAGGGUAAUGAACUGGCAUCUUAAUCCGUUAGCUGUUCCUGCUCCAACAGUGCCUGCCAAUGUGAACAUUUAAACUUUUUUGCUUUUUUUUUUUUUUUUUUUGGACUCGGUCGGCUUUUGAACAAUACUUACUUGCAAUGCCACUGUUCGCUUUUUAUACAAGGAAAAAUGGCAUGUUAUUAUUCAUUCAGGCUCUUUAGAGGUAUUUUUGUAAACUGUACUUGGGAAUAUUCUUAUUCCGAGGAUUUAUCAUGUAUAUUUAUGGUUUUAGUUUGUGCCAAGAGUCAUAAGGGGAAAUUAACAUUCCUUUCUCAAGUCAAUAAAAUGCUCUCAUUUUGUGUAAAGUGUUUGUUUUUACAUGUUGAUAAUUGGAUGUUUAGUCUUCUUUGUACUUUUGAUUGUUAAAAACUCACUAAAUGUUUCCCUUUAGCACAAAGAGUUAUUUAUAUGCUACAACUCAAAAACAUUCUUAGAGAACCAUCUUCAUAAUUUACUCCACCUCAUGUCAUUACAAACCUGUAUGCUGUUAUUUGUUCUGUGAAACAAAAAAGGGAAAUUUUGAAGAAUCUUUGCACAGCUCUUUUCCAUUCAAGGAAACUUUGUAGUUACCACAAAUCUCAAGCUCCAAAAAGGACCAAAAAUAGCAUUGUAAACGUAGCCAUACAAUUCAUGCUCUACUUCAAGUCUUCUUAAGCCCUGUAAUUUACAGAAUGGAGAAUGACAUAUGAGAGCUGCACCAGAGGGGCAGAUAUUCAGUGAAUAACAACCUAUAUUUCCUCACCCAAAGCUAUAAUAUGGCCUGGCCAAAAAAACAAAACAAAAAAAAAGUCACCGUUUGGAUUUAAAUAAGCAGAUACUUAAGAGCCUCUGAUUGGAUCAUUAUUGCAGUGAUUAAUAUGUUUCAGCUGGCAACAAUUCUUUUAACCCUAACUGAUGCAGUGUGUAGCUUCUCAUUUCUUAAACAACCAUGUCGGAAGACGUAUCCCAUGGUCGUGGAAAAGAUGUUACUCUGUUUCAAAUGAUUGGCCUGCAUCAAGCAAAGAAAACAACUAAGGAGAUUGCUGAAAUCACUGGAAUUGGGUUAAAAAAUGUCCAAUGCAUUAUUAAAACCUGGAAGGAUAGUGGUAAACCAUCAUUUUGGCCGGCGGGAUCUUAUCUUUGUUGAUGUUUCGAUCAACUUUGGUAGAAAUGGCUGCCACGCUGUUGAUCUUCUCCUGCAUCUGUUGAUAUGUGUGGAACAAUAAGGCAAGGUCAUCCAUGAAUUCUAGAUCAUCAAGUUGCAUACAGGGGGUCCACUGGAUUCCAUUUCUUGUUUGUGCAGUUGAUGACUUCAUGAUCCAAUCUACUGCCAGCAGGAACAAAAAUGGUGAUAGUAGACAUCCUUGCCUUAACCUCGGUCCUCACUUCAAAUGCUUUCGUAAACUGCCUCCAAUGCAAGACCCUGCACGUCAACACUUCAUAGGAGUUUUUGAUGAUUUUUACGAUCUUUUCAGGCACAUCCAUACUGUCAAAUGCCU